AUGACAAAGUUUUGGAGGGUAACAGAAGAACAACAUUUCACUGCCCUCUGAGGACUCCUGCGCCGACUAUCGAUGAAUUCCAUCGAUCGAGGAACAUUAUUACACACCCGCAUGCUUCUGCGAGACAAAAACCAGGCACGAUGAGUGUUUCGAUAGGCGACAAGAUCGAGGAUUUUAAAGUCCUCACCCUCCUUGGCAAAGGCUCCUUUGCAUGUGUUUACCGGGCAAAGUCGGUGAAGACUGGUCUGGAGGUCGCUAUCAAAACGAUUGACAAAAAAGCAAUGCACAAAGCUGGCAUGGUCCAGCGAGUGACAAAUGAAGUGGAGAUUCACUGUCGAUUGAAACACCCUUCCAUACUUGAGCUGUACAACUACUUUGAAGACAGCAACUAUGUGUACCUGGUGUUGGAGAUGUGUCAUAAUGGAGAGAUGAUCCAAUACCUGAAAGAGCAGAAGAUGGCCUUCUCUGAGGAUCAAGCAAGAAAUUUCAUGCAUCAUAUAGUGAAAGGAAUGCUGUAUCUACACACCCACGGCAUCUUGCAUCGAGAUCUGACCUUGUCAAACCUUUUGCUGACCAGCAACAUGAACAUUAAAAUAGCAGACUUUGGCCUGGCCACUCAGCUCAAACUCCCCAAUGAAAAGCAUUUCACCAUGUGCGGGACACCCAACUACAUCUCCCCCGAGGUGGCCACUCGUAGCGCUCAUGGCCUGGAGUCAGACGUCUGGUCACUGGGAUGUAUGUUCUACGCCUUUCUGAUGGGUCGGCCUCCAUUUGACACGGACACAGUCAAGAACACCCUGUCUAAAGUGGUUCUUGGGGAAUAUGAGAUGCCCAGACAUGUUUCUCUAGAGGCUCAGGACCUGAUCCAUCAACUCCUGCAGAGGGACCCUGCUCAGCGGCCCAGCCUCUCUGCAGUGCUGGACCACCCAUUCAUGACCCAGAACCUUCUGGUCAGGACCAAGGAGCUGCGGCUGGGUGAUGAAGGAUCCAUGGACAGCGGCAUCGCCACCAUCUCCACGGCCUGUACCUCCUCCACCUCAGCCAGCAGCAGCAGCCGCCUCCAAAGGAAAACCAGGCACAUGAUUGGCUCCGCCUUGCCUAACCGCAUGACGCCCAUCACAAGUCUUCCACAGCAGUCCGACAGCGCCUGCUUUGAGGAUACAGAUCAGUGGCAGCAACAGCUUCCCAUGGACAGAUGUCACAGGGAGGGCAGGAGCAGGGCGGUUUACAGUGGAGAGAGUGGACAGCCUCACUCUCGCUACCUAAGAAGGGCUCACUCCUCAGAUCGCUCCGGCCCGCCUGGACCAGGUCAGGGGUUGAGUCACGCCGAGCUGGGGAGAUGCCACUCGGAGGAGACUCUAACAGGUGUAGGAAGACCAGUCUUCUCCAUGUCCUCCACUCCACACCCUUUUUCAGAGCAUGGACGGCUAUCCUCUCCUCCUGUCAAACAGUCAGCAUACUCCGGGUAUUCGUUAUCCACACAGACGGCACAUCCGCCAAGUUUACAAUUUCAAGACCUGGAGGGAGUCACUAACUGGCUUAAUAAUGAUGGUUCUGGGCAGAGGCCCACAGACAACAGCGCUCACAGCAGUAAUGGCAGCUUUCAUAGCAGCAGAGGACCUUUGGGGGUUCACAAUUCCUGGACAGACAAGCCAACAAGCCGAGGCGUGAACCCUCAUCACAACGUGCACCAACUGCACCAAUCCCACUCCUCCAACCCGGACUCGUACUGGGAGAAUAAACCCGCAGCAGAAUUAAAGCUCUCGUCAUCCAAAACAAGUGUGGACAAGGAGAAGAAAACACUGAGAGACGUGGUCCCGCCUCUGUGUGCGUCCAGACUGAAGCCUAUCAGACAGAAGACCAAAAAUGCUGUUGUGAGCAUCCUGGACACAGGUGAAGUGUGUAUGGAACUUUUAAAAAGCCACAGUGGUCAAGAGAGGGUCAAAGAAGUCCUUCGGAUUUCGGGUGAUGGCUCAAUGGUGACAAUAUACCAGCCUAAUGGUGGAAAGGGUUUUCCUGUGCUGGACUCGCCCCCUGCUCCGCCAGAAGAUAUUCUGAUCUGUAGCUAUGAGGACCUGCCAGAAAAAUACUGGAAGAAAUACCAAUACGCCUCCAAGUUUGUUCAGCUUGUGAAAUCCAAGACUCCUAAAGUGACCCUUUACACCAAAUACGCCAAAGUCAUGCUGAUGGAGAACUCUCCCACAGCAGACCUGGAGGUUUGCUUUUACGAUGGAGCGAAGACCCACAAGACCUCAGAGCUGGUGCGAGUGGUGGAGAAGAGCGGGAAGUCGUACACAGUUAAAGGCGAGGUGGGGCUGAGCGGCCUGAGCCCAGAGAGCAGGCUCUACGUGGAGCUGUCCGACGAGGGCCACAGCAUGUGUCUGUCUCUAGAGGCCGCCAUCACGGCAGAGGAGCAGCGCAGUACCAAGAACGUCCCUUUCUUUCCCAUAAGUAUCGGCAGGAGACCUGCCAACCCAGACGCUCCGUGCUCAUCAUCAGUGCCCUCCCACCCGCUGCCUCCAGACAUAGCUUCACCUCCUCAACCUCCACAAAUCACUCCUUCAAUGAUCUCUUAUGACGGGUCUGACUUCACCUCGGCCAGCCUGGCUAAGAAAAGCUCUCCAGUGCGACAGGACCUCGUGCAGAGCACAGGAAAAGUGGUGAAGUCGAUAUUUGUGCCCAAUGUUGGAUGGGCAUCUCAGCUGACGAGUGGAGAGGUGUGGGUGCAGUUCAACGACGGGUCUCAGCUGGUGGUUCAGGCUGGAGUUUCCUGCAUUACUUACACGUAUCCAGAAGGGCGGAUCACCAGGUACAAGGAGAACGAGAAGUUGCCCGAGCACGUCAAAGAAAAGCUGCAAUGUCUCUCCAGCAUCCUCGGUCUGCUCGCCAACCCGACAGCACAUCACCAACAACCUCAUUAACACUUUGAGGCUAAAACAUCUCAGCAGGGAGCAAAAAGUAGCAUUUUGAGCCUUUGAUACCUUCUUUUUGUCUGGUGCUAUUGUAAAUAUAUCUUUGUGUUUCUGUUUUGUUUGUUUUUUUUUAAAUGUACAGAAGAUUAUGAAAAGAUU